GUCAUCAGCGGGCGCCGGAGCGGGGGCCCCGCCCCCCCACCGCCAGCAUGAGUAGCGACGAUGAGGAAUUGAACCUCCUAGUAAUCGUCGUUGAUACCAAUCCAAUUUGGUGGGGAAAGCAGGCUCUGAGAGAAUCACAGCAGUUCACGUUAUCAAAAUGCAUAGAUGCUGUAAUGGUGAUGGGAAAUUCCCAUUUGCUUAUGAACCGGACCAACAAACUUGCUGUGAUAGCAAGUCAUAUUCAAGAAAGUCGUUUUUUGUACCCUGGAAAGAAUUGGAAACUUGGAGAAUUUUCUGGAGAUGCCUGCAGUAGCCCUACCGAGUACAAUCCAUCCGGUAGUAAGGAUGGAAAAUACGAACUACUGACAACGGCAAAUGAAGUCAUUACCGAGGAGAUUAAAGAUCUCAUGACAAAGAGUGACAUGAAAGGACAACACACUGAAACCUUGCUGGCAGGAUCUCUUGCUAAAGCGCUUUGCUAUAUUCACAGGAUGAACAAAGAAGUGAAAGACAGCCAGGAAAUGAGAUCAAGAAUUUUGGUUAUUAAGGCUUCAGAAGACAGCGCAUUGCAAUAUAUGAACUUCAUGAAUGUGAUCUUCGCGGCCCAGAAACAGAAUAUUUUGAUUGAUGCCUGUGUCUUAGACUCUGAUUCUGGGCUACUCCAACAGGCUUGUGAUAUUACCGGAGGUAUAUAUUUGAAAGUGCCUCAGAUGCCAUCCCUUCUGCAGUAUUUACUGUGGGUAUUUCUUCCUGAUCAAGACCAGAGGUCCCAAUUAAUCCUCCCACCGCCAAUUCAUGUUGACUACCGAGCUGCUUGCUUCUGUCAUCGAAAUCUCAUUGAAAUUGGUUAUGUCUGCUCCGUAUGCCUGUCAAUAUUCUGCAAUUUCAGCCCGAUUUGCACCACAUGCGAGACUGCCUUUAAGAUUUCCCUUCCUCCUGUCAUGAAGACCAAGAAAAAGAAGCUCAAAGCGACUGCCUAGACAUAUUAGGAGCACUCCACGUUGCAUUCCCUGCCUCGCUGGUCCUUCCAGAGCAGACAGUAGCUGAGAAGCCCGUGCCAAACAGGAUGUUAGAAGAAAAAUGCUAGCAUUUAAAAUAGAUUUUGAUGCAACUCGUCUCUUGGGGGAAAUUUCUCCAAACAGCAUUCCUCAUACAGUAUUAUUUGGAGGCCUGUGAGCGGGUGAGGGAAUAUCUUGCAGUAUGAUGGCUAUUACUACCGUGUGGACGAUUACCCACGGUUAAUGGACUCUCCCCAAAUGAUCGCAGAAUUGUGUUCGGAGGAACUUGGACAAGAAGUAUUCCAAAUGAAUGCUUUCUCUUCAGAAGGAAAGUUGUUAAAGCCCGUUUGUCCAGACUUUUUAGGCACUGAAAGGAGUUUUCCCAGUGAAAAGGAAAGCUUUUCCCAGGAUAAGAACCUUUCCUUUAUUCUUUGUCCCCUUUUACUUAAAAUGCAUAUCAGUAUUUGAGAGAACAGUAUCUUCCUUGAAAAUUUUCCACACUCAUAAGCAAAAUUGUAGAAGAAAUGGCUAUCCCAAGAGCAGCUGGAAGCAUGGGCACCUUUUUCAUCUUGUGGCUCAGUGAAAGGAAGGCUGGCUGCUGAUUUAGAAAGUGUACAUAGCUGUAAGAAAACUCUGUUUUAGCAAGAUAUUUAGGUUUGUUGUUUUUUUUCCUAAAAAGACCCUCCCUACCCCCAGCUGCAGUAGUCUCGCAUUUGACUCUCAGUAAAAAGGUAAUGCCAGAAGUACUUUAAAUGGAUGACUUUUUGAAUUCACAUCCUCUAAUGAUCAUAUCAUGAGCAUCUGCAAAAGGAAAACUCCUUUCCUUUUGACUUUUAUAGUGUGCUUGCAUAUUUUGUAAUUUUUAAAUCACGAUAGUACUUGACUCUCCACUGUAUAAUGGGAAUCCCAUAAUUGCUGCAUUUGAGAAGUCCAUGUCGACAAGCUUCCAGACUUUUCCAUUUUACAAUCUCAUUUAAACUCUCCAUGACUCGUUUAGGUCUGAGUAAGUUUUUUUGUUGGUACUAAAUAUAUUUUUAUUUGAAUGCUAGCAAUAAAACAAUGGAUUUUUUUCAA